AUGAAGGCGCCAAUCUUGCUUGCAGAGAGCGGCAUUUUUGGGCAGAAAUUGUGCUCAGAAGUUCAUCAUGUUCGACGGUUUCUUUCCCGAUCGCUUGGUGCAGCGUUGGUAACAAGUGGGCUGACCGGCAUCGCGCUGCUGAGUGCUGGUAUUGCCACAGGGGCAGCAGUUGACAGAUCCGGCUAUGUCAUUGGGGGGCUUUUGGCUGUCGUGUGUCUCCUUCUGUUUGUGAAUGUGCAUGAAGCUUUGGAAGCCACUUCAAUCUUGCUUGAGUUGUUGGAGAUUGACGAUGCCAUUCGCAGAGAUGAUGUCAUCAAGCUUUUGGUCAAGUGCAUGCACAUGGGCAAAGAGGCCAUCAUACCUGAUGAUGACUUUGACGAUCUUCUUCAGGAGGCCAUGGGGCGUCUUCCAUCCAAGAUGGGGUAUCUUCUCAAGAAAUCUUUGCUAGCGGGGCCUGCCCUUGCGGCUCUAGCUUUUUUGGUGUGCACGUUGUACAUCUUGCUGUGGAGCGACAUGCCUAGCUUACUUUCUGCACUUUCAAUUGCAGCACUUGUGCUGGCCACGGGUGGGGCUUCAUGUGGCUUCGCAAUGCAGCAGCGGGUUGCUUCCAUGAUUCGUGCCAUUGAGUUAGAGGAGGUCCAGAUUCACACAACGUCUGCAAGCCUUCUAUCCUUGCACAAGAACAUGCUUCGCCGUAAGUUAGCCUCAACUGCGAAAGGUCAAAGCCUUGCCCGCGAGUACUUUCGCACAGCAAUACAGAAUCCCGGUGGUGGGAUAUCAUUUGCAAUUGAGAAGGGUUGGCUUGCUGGACUUGCCGUGGAAGAAAUGGAAGGCAAUAUUAUGCUGUACCUGCGCGCAUCUGCCAACCUAUGCAACCUGUCGCUGCUGGAGACUGUGAUCGGUGAGUGCCGGGGUGUGUUGCCAGAAAGCAAGCUGCACGAGGCCAUUACAGCCAAAGAUCGCAUCCAAGAGCUGACUGCCAACUUGAACGCAGCAAUCAGUCAGCUGGACAUUCAAUUGCUGAUGGAAGCCAUUCAGCAAUGUGAGUCUGACGGCUGGCCCAAAGCUUCGUUACGGACAGCCCUCACAGCGAGGGAGCAGAUCGAGCAGCUGUUGGCAAAGAUUCGGAGCGCCCUUGGGCAAGCCGACUGCCACUUGCUUGACUCGGUCAUUGCGGAAUGCGAGAAAGCUGGCCUACCAGAAGGAAGCCUCAGGGAGGCUCGGGAGAAGCGGCAAGCUCUGGCGUCUUUGCAGCAGGCACUUCAUGCUGCCAUGGAAGCCAAGGAUUUGGAUCAAUUGCAUGAGGUGAUCAUGGAAUCCAAGGCUGUGAACCUGCACGAUGACACGGUUGCACGUGCAAUUGCUAUGCGGGAUCACUUGCAUGAUUUGGUCCGGCACGUGUCCAAAACCAUGGAAGACGGUGACGUUGACUUGCUGGAGGAGGCCAUCAAGCGGUGCCAGCAAGCUGGCCUUCCAGCACGGUACACAGAUGCGGCGCGGACAACCUUGGAAACUUUGCAGAAGCUGCUAGCAGCUCUGCAAGCUGCCUUGGUCUCCCGGGAUUUGAUUAGACUGACAGGUUCAAUCUCGGAUUGUCAGCAGGCAAAAAUCCCAUUGCCAUACCUCCAGGAGGCCAUUGACACCCGGCAACACGUGCAAGGCCUGCGGGAUGUGCUGCAAAGAGCUUGCGAUGUCCGGGAUGUUCAAGCCAUCGACAAUGCCGUCCAGGCUUGCAAGGCGUAUGGCCUGCCUGGCAACAGUUGGGAAGAGGCACUGGCGGUCAGGCGGCAACUUCAAGCAUCGCUUUCGAAGCUGAGACUGGCCGUGGAUGGCAAAGAUGUUGAAGCACUGGAUGCAGCUAUCAAAGAUUGCCAACUUGCUGGCCUGCCAUCGCAUGACUUAGAAUCUGCAUGCAGAUUGAAACAGAAGAUGGAUGGAUUUCUGGCCGAAUUGCAGAUGAGUUUUGCUAGCCGAAAGGGGCCUGUGAUCCAGUGUGCAGUUAAAAGAUGUGAAGACUUCGGGCUACGCGCGCCUGAAGUUCAAGAGGCCAAGCUCUUUCAACAACGUAUUGAUGAUUUGCUUGCAAAGCUACGCGUCGCUGUUUCAUGCAAGGACCUGGCAUUAAUCAAGGAGACACUAGGCGAAAGCAAAACGGCUGGCAUACCGGAGGAGGACUUGGCUGAUGCGGAGGCUUUGAGGGUUCAGCUGGAGGACUUGCUCGCUGCGCUUGUCACAGCCCUUCGUGGAAAAGACACCGCGCAGAUUCAAGCAGCAAUUCAAAAAUGCGAUGAAUUCGGAGUGCCCGAGUCAGCGCUGGCAGAUGCUAGGAGCGCACAGGAAGAGCUUGAAUCUCUUUCCCAGCAUUUGCAGCAAGGUUUGUCAACACGAAAUAUACACGUGCUCAGGCAUGCCAUCAAGGCAUGCCAAGAUGCAGGAUUCCCGGAUGCAUCACUAAAGGAGGCCAUGAGCCUUCAAGAUAGCAUCGGCCAGAUACUGGCUAGAAUGAGUGAGGCAAUGCGCAACAAGGAUGUGCAUGCCUUGAACGAGGCAAUCCGUCAGUAUAAUCACGCAAGCCUUCCACCAACUUCCGAGCUGGAUGAGGCGGUGGCAACGAAGCGGAAGCUAGAGCAGAUACUGGCCCGGCUUGGCGUUGCAAUACAGCUUUUGGACAUCCGCGUCCUGAAGGCUGCCAUCCUGGAAUGCCAGGCUGCAGGCCUUCCAGAGCAAGAUUUGGAUGAGGCCCUGCUGGCAAAAGAUAGCAUUGAGCGCAUGCUGGCAACGUUGCGCUUCUCUGUCGACUGCCAGAACAUGAGCGGCGUGCAAGCGGCAAUCCAGGACUGUCCCAUCGACCUUUUGCGGGCCGCCAUUGAGGAAUGCCGAGCUGCAAAUAUUCCUCAAGCAGUGGUUGAUGAAGCUCUGCAGUCCAGAGCAGCAGGCUUGAAGGAGGCUGAUCGGAGGAUACUCUUCGAAAUUGGCCAAGAUGAAGAAAAGCGAGCGUCCUACAACAGUGCUGUCCGCAUGCUGCACGAGUCCAUACAGACUGGCAACGAUGUUCCUGCUGAAUUUGAGGAAUUGAUCAAUGAGCUUAUUGUCAACCAUGUUUUAUAG